AUGAGUACAUUGACGGGGGCAGAGUUGGUCCGCUGCUUCAUUGGUGCCAAUAUAAUUGCCUUGGGAACCGGGACACAGUAUCUAUAUAGCUACUAUGCCCCGCAACUUUUGACCCAUUGCAGCAUACCAGUUGAGUAUUUAUCAUAUUUUACAUUUGCAUUGACAAUCGGUUCUUCAGCUCUAGGGAUACUAUGUGGGUUUAUUAUUGAUACCAUGGGGCCGCAGUUUUCUUGUGGGCUGAGUGCGUUCUGCACAUUCAUUGCUUACUACAGCUUAAGAUACUGCUAUUCCAAUAAGUCUAAUAAUAUUCCCUUUCUUUUUCUAGUGUUUGUGUUACUUGGUUAUGGUUGCAUAUCGGGGUUCUUCGCUGCGGUAAAGUGCUGUACAAUUAAUUAUCCGCAGUAUAGAGGGACAGCAGUUUCCUGCCCUUUUGCCCUUUUUGCACUCUCGGCAAUGCUAUUCUCGUCUGCAUGUUACCGUUUAUUUGGUGAAGAUAUGUUGUCUGUGUUCACCUUCCUAAUGAUCCUUUGUCCUGCCAUUACCCUUACAGGUUGUUGGACGUUGAAAAUUGACACAGAUAACCCCAAAAGGGAUGAAAGAGAAGCCACUGAACUUGAUCCAGAAAGUUGUGAUGCUGAAUCGCAUUUUGAAUCUUUGAAUGUCACUCCAGCAGCAAAUUUUGGGGCCAUAACCGAAGAAGUAGAGCAUUUUCGGCCUUUAAAGAACAAACAUGCGAGCGUUCUCAGCCCAAAUGUGAAGAGCCCAUCGAAUAAACAAUCUUUUCCAGUCCCGGAACUAGUGAUUGAGCCUAGUAGUGCAAUUGCCGAUGAUCAAGGUUAUGGAAAUCUCUCAAGAACUGAGCGCAACAUAUCACAAUCGAGGAAUAAUGGAUAUUUCAGUUUUUACAGAUCAUUUAAAUCUAUCUUCAAUGGUAAAUGGUUUGAUGAAUUGAUGAAGGUCAUUAAUAACCCAAACUUUAUUAUUUAUUAUAUGAUUAUGGCAAUUUUACAUGGAGCUGGCCAGAUGUAUAUUUAUUCAAUUGGUUAUAUUGUGGACGUCCAGGCUAGCUCUCACCCUGAACAAUCAAUUGGCGGUGAGCAGGUCCAGACUUUGCAAUUGUCAAUUAUAUCUGUGUCCUCCUGCAUUGGUAGGUUGAUAUCUGGUCCAAUAUCAGACUUACUAGUUAAAAGAUUUAAUGCCCAAAGAUUCUGGUUAAUUCUUGUUGCCACAUUUAUCUUUAAUAUAGCAUCAAUGAUUUUAAUAUCAGAAACGACUGUAGUUCCCAGGUUCUGGCAUGAUUUACCUCCCAAUAUUUUUAGUCUAUCCUGUUCAUCGCUAUUAUUCGGUUUUGGAUUUGGUAUGACUCUUGGGACAUUUCCUGCGAUUGUUGCAGACAGUUUUGGGUUAGUAGGCUUCAGUACUAUAUGGGGAAUUCUCACUACAGGUUGCCUAAUUAGUGUGAAUUACUUUAGCAAAGUAUUUGCAAAUGAUCUAAGCUUUAACGCGGACGUUACACAUGGUGGAUGCAUUCAAGGCUCUAGUUGUUACUCUCACACAUUUCAUGUCAUUCAAGUAUUUGCCACAUUCGCUUUGUGUUUAGUAAUCGUAGCGAUGGCGAGGAACAGUCAGAAGUUUCCAAACUAUCCUCUUAGUGCGGCCACCAGUCCAUAA